AUGUCUUUGUUACCCUUCUUUGCCCGGAGUUACUGGGAUCCCUUAAGGAGUGGUUACUUUCCACACUGCCUCUUUGAUCAGGAUUUUGGUCUCCCUCCUUACCGUGAACAGCCGCUGAGGGACUGGAUGGGGUGGGUGGAGAAUCAGCUCAGCACUAACAGGUCCAGGAGAUCAUGCUCAAUCCUAGAUGAAAACACAGUGGGCAGUUAUGUUUCAUCAACUCUGUCCCAACAACUUGCCCUGGGAAUGCCCCAGCAGAACUUGGAUAAUUGGAAGAUCAGCCUUGAUGUGAAACAUUUUACCCCAGAGGAACUCCAAGUGAAGACACAUGAAGAUUAUUUGGAGAUUUCAGGGAACCACAUGGAAAAGGAAGAUCAACAUGGGUUUAUUUCUAGAACUUUCACAAGAAAGUACAAGCUUCCCUCAGGUGUGAAUGCCAGGACCGUGAUCUCGACCUUAACCUGCAACGGCAUUCUAACUGUGGAAGCUCCCGUCCCCAGAUCCACAGAGGUAGUGAUUCCGGUUCAAAUUGAGGAGCAGCCUGAAGAUGAGAAGAAAGUGGAAAAAGAGGAAGAGAAGGAGGUGUUGAAGGAGAUGAGUCAAGUGAGAGAGGCAGGGGAAGAAAAAGGAAUUUCCAAAGAGCCGGGCAAGGAGAUGAAAGAGCAACUAGAGAUGAAGGAAGAGCUGGACAAAGGGAAGGAGGAUCAACAAGGAAAGGAGAUAGAGGGAGAGAAGGUGCAGCAAGAGGAUGUGGUUCUGGAAGAGCAAGAGAAAAAGUAACUAACGGAGAAAGGAAAAGAUAUAUGCAUAUAGCAGCAAAAUAUUUGUUCAAAGUAAUUUCUCACAGAUUGCUGCAUUGAUUCAAUGUUUUCCUCUAAAAUAAGUGAAAGCACAUUUUAGAUAAAUGUAGAGAAUGAAAAAAAUGUUUUGACAUUCUACAGUACUGUGGAAAAGCCUUAGGCACAUAUAUAUACCGUAGUAGGGUGCAAAUGCUUUUGCACAGCACUGUCGUGAUUUCAUGUAGUGCAACUGCA